AUAACUCCACUCACUCACUUCUCUCUCCCUCUCUCUCUCUCUCUCUGUCUGGGUGUGAAAAUGGUGAAGCAGAAGAGGCCUCCAUCAGGCCGUACAAAUCUGGCAUCAUGUGUUGUAGCAACAAUUUUCUUGAUCUUCGUAGUAAUUGUACUUCUCAUAGUCUACUUCACCGUCUUCAAGCCCAAGGAACCCAAAAUCUCCGUCAGCGCCGUCCAACUCCCCUCAUUCUCCGUCUCCAACAACAACGUUAACUUCACUUUCUCCCAAUACGUCUCCGUUCAAAACCCCAACCGCGCCGCUUUCUCCCACUAUGACAGCACGCUCCAGCUCCUCUAUUCGGGUUCUCAAGUCGGGUUCAUGUUCAUACCCGCCGGGAAGAUCGAAGCGGGUCGAACCUCCUUAAUGGCCGCCACCUUCUCCGUCCAGUCCUUCCCGCUCUCCAGCUCAUCCUCCGCCGCCGCCGCAGCAACUGUAAAUCCGGUCCCCAAUUUCCCUGACGGGUUCGGAGCUGGGAUUAACGGGAACAGAUUAGGACCCAGUAUAGAGAUUGAGUCCAGGUUGGAAAUGGCGGGUCGGAUUCGGGUCCUACACGUCUUCGCGCACCAUGUUAAGUCUAAAACUGGCUGUAGAGUCUCCAUUGCUGUGAGUGACGGAUCUGUUCUUAGCUUCCACUGCUGAUAAAUAGCAAUUAAUCCUUAUUUUUUGUUUCAAUUUCUUAAUUUUUUUUAAAGUAAUUUUUUAGAUUCUGGGUUUCCAAUAAUUUAGCCCAAAUUGUUAAAUUAAGUGCAAAAAUGGUAUCUUGAAGCAGGUUUAGUUUUAGUUUCUUGUAGGCAGGCAGCUCUUGGAUUUGCAUGUUUGUAGUUUACCAUAUUAAUUUCAGGAUUAGAGACUAAUUAAGUGUUAUUAAUUAAUGCAAAUAUGUUUGUUGGA